GGGAAAGUAAAGGAAAUGUUUUAUAAAAACCUUGAAGUGGGAACCAGAAAACCUAAGACAUAAACUUGGGGAAAUGCGACACAAGAAAACAUGCAACAGAAAGAAUGCCCUCACUCAUAAUCUGAGGUACAUGAAAGCUAAACAUUUCCUAGAACUGGAGUUUUACAAGGUAAGCACAGACAUCAGUGUUUUUGUCCUGCACCAUGAUUCACAAACAGCUCCCUGAAAUGGUGUUGCUGCUGUUGGCUUCUUCCACCGUCUUCUCCCUUGAACCGACAUUUAUUCUCUUCCAAUCAAGGAUGAAGAGAGAAAGCUUGUACCUACUGAAUGCUUUGCCAAUCCCAUCGGUUCAGCAGUGUCUGGCUCACAGGAAAAAUUUCCUGCUUCCUCGGCAGUCUGUGAGUCGCCACCAGUACCACAAAGGACAUGCACUGGCUGUUCUGCAUGAGGUCCUUCAGCAGAUCUUCAGCCUCUUCCAGGCACAUGUCUCUCUGGACAUUUGGGAGGAAAACCAUAUAGAGAGAGUCCUAGCUGCACUUCACCAACAGCUGGAAUACGUGGAGUCGCUGGCCGGACUGAAAGCAGAGCAGAAGAGUGGUGGUUCUAGUGUGCAGAGCCUUAGGAUACAGAUUAAAGCAUACUUCCGGAGGAUCCACGACUACUUGGAAGACCAGAGGUACAGCAGCUGUGCCUGGAUCAUUGUCCAGGUAGAAAUCAACCGGUGUAUGUUCUUUGUGUUCAGGCUCACCAGAUGGCUGAGCAAACAAGAAACAGACCCUUGAACACUGUGAAGCAAGAGCCAACGGUGCAUUUUAAAAGCAUAGGUUGGUGGCUGAGUGAGAGAAGAUAUGUGAACAUUACUGUUUCCUUUUGGUGUAAAAUUGCUGCAUUGUUUUGCUUCUUUAGCUGUGAAUUAAGACUGCAUGAGUUGGUCACAGUUAUUUUCAUUGUGUCAUGCCAUGUUAC